UACACGCUUGUCGCAGGCGUGAGUUGAGUUUACAUUCAGGGCACGGAGUAAAAACGCUCACUAGUAGGCCUACACACUCCAGACAGCCAAACACACACGCAUUACAGGGGGACGGGGUAAUGGCGUCUGUCAGUGUGGUGGGGCAGCACCCGGGUCCGCACAGGCUGGACUCGGAACAGCAGCUCCUUCUCUUCAAACUGCCCGGCGGGAAGAAAAUCUCCAGGAAAUCGUCCUGGGAGAAGAUGUUGUUCAGGAGAGGCUCGGGAAGCGGCGGGAGGUGCGGGUCGGUCACUUCUGAAGGGGAGCCGGGAACUCAUCCCUUGUCUCCGGGACCAGCGGGGGAAAGGACGAUGAGAGGAGAACUGAUGCCCGGUGAAAGAUGCGGAGCUCCGGCUGCGCCACGUAGCCCGGAUCAGGACAGAGAGAUGGGCAGCACGGACUGCGACAGGCGCACCGCAGCCGGGACUCGAGAAAGUCAAACCGGGCACAACAUCAACUGUGACUCAAACCAUAACACAGGUGGUCGGAGGAGGACUUCGCUCAAGAGGUCUGGCGGAUCGGUUACGAAUGGACACAGCGGAGCGCAUCGGGACGCGCCACACGGGAGACGAGACGCCCGGAGCAUAGACAACAUUUCCUCAUCCUCCGAGCCAGCACAAGAAGAGACAGGCGGUCUCCCGCUGCCGCGCCUGACACAGGGCAGGACUGGAGUCGUCAGGCUGGCCCGCACCGAGCCUCUCCGUAUGGAGGCCUGGUCCAUCUUUCCCCGGGAGAUGGACCCCCGGGUGAAGACCGAAAGGGGUGAAGGACACAGGUUCGAGGCCAAGCCAGUUACGCGGGACUGGUGUGAUGCCUGUAGUUGUCAGAUCACUGCACAGGCACUCAAGUGUCAAAACUGCAGCUACACCUGUCACCUGGAGUGUGAGAACCAGGUCCAGCUGGACUGCAACCAGAGGGACAGAGAGACAGAAGAGACUCCGUCUCCCAGAAACCACUCCUCCUCCUCCUCCACAGCCCCUCAACACAAGCAGAAUGAAGCAAAGGAGGAAGAGGAGGGGGGAACAAAGGACCUGUCAGAGGAAGAGGUGCAGACAAGGAUAGAAAAGUAUAAUGCUCAAGUCUCUGAAAAUGGCAUGAAACUGGCUUCAGAUGGAUCCUACACAGGCUUCAUUAAAGUCCACCUGAGGCUCAGUCGACCAGUCACAGUCCCCUCUUUGGAGGUGGCGGGCUCAGAGGGAGCAUCCAGGCAGACGGCUAGCCACAAUCAAGCAACGUCAGAGGGCCAGGAAGGGACGGACUAUGGGCAGAGUGAAAAUAGAACAUCCUUCUACCUACCAUGCGACUGUGUGAAGCAGCUCCACAUCAGCUCUCUGACCACCACUGGAGAGGUCAUCCAGGGCUUGCUGAAGAAGUUCAUGGUGUUGGACAAUCCCCGCAAGUUUGCACUGUACAAGCAGACGCACCGCGACGGACAGGAUCUUUUCCAGAAGCUUCCUCUGUGUGAGCGUCCUCUUCUUCUGAGGUUAUUAGCAGGGCCUGACCCAGAGCAGCUCAGCUUUGUCCUUAAGGAAAAUGAGACUGAAGAGGUGCAGUGGCAUGCAUUCUCUGUCCCUGAGCUGCAAAACUUCCUGGUAAUCCUGGAAAAAGAGGAGUCAGAGCGGUUGCGGGCAGUGAAGCAAAAAUACGCUGCAUACAGACAGAAACUAGAACGGGCCCUAAAACAACAUGACCCCUGACCCCGCUCACCUGUUACCUUAUGACGUCAACCCAGGGGGAGACUGAACCUUCACACGCCGACCCCUCAAGACCCCUGAUCUAUUCAGAGACUGGAGCCAGAGCUGGACUUGUCUCCACCCACCGCAUAUACACCCAAACAUGCAGUACAUCCGCACACAGACGCAUACCCUUUCUCAGGACGCAUACAAGCCCCCCACCCCUCAAUCAUCCAUACAUCCACUCCCUGAGGAGAGAGAAAGGCUACUGGGUGUGUGGUCUGCUUGCUCAUUGGACAAGUAGUGUAUUUUCGUUGCCAAGGACACACACAGCGAGCUCUGAAACGCUGACUUGAAAUCUCAUUUGAGACUGAUAUUAACCAGUGAUGUUUUUAAAGAUUCCCUCUUCUUCUGCUGCUGCUGCUGCUACUGCAAGUGUUACUUAUGCAUGAGUCUCUGUCAGCUCACCGCCCCCCCCUGCACAUAGAGUUAGAAUUUAAACAGAAGGCAUGGUUUUCAGUAUCUCUUUUGGGGUAGAAGGACAAUCAUACAGAGUGUUCUUUUUCUUAUCCUCUUCUUGGAAGCUUGGGGUGUUAUUUUUGUGCUGGAAUAUUAAGAUGUGUGGAUUUGUGAGGGAGGUGUUUAGGGUCAGGGCUGGAGGCAGAGGGCUGCGUUUUUGCUGUGGAUGCUAGAACAACACAGAAUGGGAAGAUAAGAUGAUUUUUUUCUCAGGGAGAAUGUGUUGAGCAACAAGAAAACCUAAAGGCGGGAAGAAACCAAACACCGCCCCUGUUUUAGCCCACUUGCUCCCUGUGAUUCCAUUUACCUACUUUAACGCCGUGUGAGAAGAUGUUACCAGUCCUCUCCCCACACACAAAAAUAACCUUAUCAGGUGAUACUAUGAGUUCAUUUUCCCUCCCUAAAUCCUGAUCUAACCCACCUUGCAUGAACAUCUACCUGCAGAUGAAGCCUACUGAGCGAGGCACUCCACAUACCUUUACAGAUUUUACACUUUAUUGUAGAAGUGACUUUGCGCUGUCAUUGUACGUGGGUUGCAUUUGAAUGUGGAGUGGAUUUUUACACCAAAGCUUAGGGGGACAGAUCUAUUGAGAUGAUUUUAAAAGAAUGAAAGAGUUUAUCUAAUUAAAGGUGGAGUAUGUAAAUUAAACCAGCUUCUGUUUUUGCACAUGUGGAUGCAGGUCACUGAGAAUGGCCCACAGCUUUGGGGCUGGGCAUGCAUUUCUGCUUCUCUUUUUGUUUAUCUCCCCACCUUCCACCCAAAAAAAAGAAGAAGAAACAAAACGUAUAGAAAAUUCAUAAUAAUGGCUAUGAUGUACCAAUGAUGUGUUUGCAAUGCAUAUGUAUUAUGUAGACACUGGAAAAAGAGUGACAAGGUUUAACUUUGUUGUUAUUAUGAUAAAUAUUAUUCUUUUGGUAUCAUUCCUACUGUGUGUGUGUGUGUGUGUGUGUGUGUGAGAUCAUCCGGGGCAGUGAAGAUAAUGUGAAUUGUGUUAUACAAUGAGUGUCUGUGUGUCAUCAGUGUUCCCUCAUUGGGCCUCACUUAUCAAGACACUUAUUGAUGUAAAAUAAUACAUUACAACUGCAAAUUAGGUCGAUUUAGAAGAAAUGUUUGGUGUGCAUGUAUUAACAAAUGAAUACACCUAACCAAAGCAUUUACUGUAGACCUUUUCCACACACCCUUAUUUUUCAUCUUUUAUUUUAUACAAUAGAAGUACUGAUAAAUGAGGCCCGUUGUCCAUAAGCACAUGCUUAACAGUAAACCCAAACUGGUUUCUUUUAUGAUAGAACCACUACCCAAAGCCCAAACUGUUCCUGCUGGCAGUGCCUUUUGUUUCAUGUGCCCCUGUGUAUGUAUGUAAGGUGUGUUUUUAGCUUACAGGUGCCUGGGUGUAUGUAUGGGUGCUUUUGCAUGUGUGCAAAUCUGUAUUUCUUGGGUGGUGUUCUAUAUGUCAUUUUUUCUUUCUUUGCCUGAACACAUUUGUCUUUCCAACAACCCCUCUGUGUGUGUGUGUGUGUGUGUGUGUGGGUGGGUGUGUGUGUUAUUUAUUUCAUGAUUUACCUCCUUGUAAUGAUAUUGUGUCAAGGAUGUUGAGACUUAAUGCUUUUUUGUUCGCAGUUGGUUUUGUUUUAUUUGAAGAAGUGUGUAUAAAUAUAGCAGUAGAACUGUACAGAUUAUCAAAAUGAAAUAAAAAGGUCAUCCCUUUAUUGAAAUGUU